AUGGCGCUCCCGAGCGACAUUUCGGCCAAACGGCAGGAAUUGGCCCGAAUGGCGGUGAACUAUCAAUCGGCUCUGACUCAACUCAGCACCGAUUUCGACCGUCUUCAGAGUGCUAUUGAUGAGACCAAACAGCUUCCAGCUAUUGAUCAUUCGCUGCACCACUUGAACGAUAUGUCGUUGGAGAUCAAGAAACGUCAGCGCGAGGACCACGAUGAGCAAUACGCGGUCUUGCAGUUGCUAAAGGAGACCGGUCGACGCACUGGUGAAGCGGCCGUUAUCAUGGAAAAUUCUGAAGUGGCACAAGAGGCGUUGCAGAAGCUGAAUGAAGGCGACAACUUUGAUAGGGCAGCGCGGUUGAAGAAGAUCGAAAAAUGCGUGGAUGAGUGCAAAACAUUGAUGGGUGACACUGAAAAAUACCUGGAACAGGUCCGCAAUACGGAGAAACCGGCCCCUUUCACGCAGUCUUCAGUCCAUAAUAUCCCGGAUGAAGCCCGGAUUAACAAGGUCCUCUCACACAUGACGUACAUUGCCCAAAACCAGCGCGCCAACAUGGAUAGGAUGGAACGCGAUAUUCGCUUGCUUGAACAGCGUCAGCGGCAAAGCAAGAAAAGCGACACAAAACCCCAAAUCAUCGUUGAACGCCAGCUUCCCAUCGACCCUUCGCAGCCUUCGGUGCCGAUUCAUCAAAUCGACGUGGUUAGGGAUAGAUUGCGUGCCGCUUUUCAGCGACACUCCGAUGCAGCUGGAAAAUCUCACUGCAAGAUCGCCGACGUUUCCACAGCUUCUCCAUUGCCGCGUCGCAGUCGAAAACAGCAAGAACUGAGCCGUAUCGAGCAAUUGCUGGAGGAAAGCAUCCGACUUCACGAGCUCGAUAUUUCCCGCGAUGAUAAGCUGAACAAAAGUGGCGCCAUGUGCGUUUCAGUUGGAACUCAGAGUGAUCCGAUCCCGAAAGAGGUAAUUGUCGCUCCGAAGGUCGAACCCAAAAUGCUGCCUCCAAUCAAGCAAGAAAUCAUCAGCACGCCGAAGACUAUUCCAUUUGUCCCUACUACGCUUUCGUUGAUGCCAUCCGACAGGGAGUUGGCCGCUAGUUAUCUUGGCGAAAGUCCUGAGCGAACCGCCGACAUUUCACGAUUGACGCCCCAACCUCCGCCAAAAUCCACGGCCGCCAUUUCGCCUUUGGCUACCCAGACUUCGCCCAAGGAAACGCCGAAAACCCCGGUCACACGUUCAUCAAGUGGCGAGAGUGCCUCCUCUACCGCAUCUGAAGUCCCGAAAUCGCCGAAAGAGCCGACACCGAUCGUCGAGUCACCGACCGAAUCUCCGCUGCGGGACCUGCUCAAAGAAGACGAGCCAACCAAGCCCAUCCAAGAAUCCACCCCAAAAGCUAACAGGGACGAGAAGCCGAAGAGUUCUAUCUUCGGAGGAUCGCCAUCACUAAACAACUUUUCAUUCAAUGACAAGGAAGCUAAACCAGACGAGAAAAGCGUUGCCCCAGCUGCUGCGCCAACCAGCAGCAUUUUCGGAGCCAAACCGACAGAUACUAAUUUUUCAACCCCGACAACGACAACCGUGAGCACCGAGGAAAAGAAAAAGGACCCCCCGCCAAGCCUGUUCAGCUUCAAACCCGCCGCUUCGCAACCACAGGCCGGCACUUCAGCUGCGGAAACGGCGAAACCUGAGCCCACGCCGUCAACCUUCAGCUUCAAGGCGGCGGCGGAAAGUGCUGUUCCCGCAACAACAACUGCCAUCGAGACGAAGCCUGUUACCUUCAGCUUCAGCCAGGCUGCGGCCGCCACCGCUCAACCUACUUCGAUCUUUGGCAACAAGGCCCCGGAUGCUUCCGCUCAAUCCUCGUCGAUAUUUGGCAACAAGCCAGCCCAGCCGGCCACCACCACAAACAGCAGCAUUCCCUUCUCAUUUGCUUCAGCUGCCACUGCUGCUGCUCAGACCGCUGAUGCGCCUAAACCAGCGGCCACCGGCUCUUCAAUUUUCGGUGGUUUUGCUGCCAAAAAUGAGACCAAAGCGGCCGCCGACGACGGCAUGAUGGACGAUCAGGGCAGCGGCAUGUUUGGCUCUGGAUUCAUGAGCGGACUCGGCUGCAAGCCCAAUACAUCUGACCAGGCAAAGCCGAGCAUCUUCUCCUUCAAACCGAGCACCGUCCCGGCUGCUACCACCGGCAGCAGCAUCUUUGGCGGCGGCUUAUCCAAGCCCGCCGCUACUGGCGGAAGUAUCUUUGGCGGCGGUCAACAGCAACAGCAGCCAGCCGCCACUCAGGGCAGCAGCAUCUUCGGCGGUCCCAAGCCCAGUGGCAGCAUUUUCGGAAGCAAGCCGGCGACUGGCGGAAGCAUCUUUGGUGGCGGCGCCCAACAGCAGCCGCAGCAGCAACAAGGAGGUGGCCUGUUUGGAGCGAAGGCACCGGAACAAUCGGCUCAACCAUCCAGCAUCUUCGGCGGCGCCAAGCCACAGCAAGCGACAGGAGGCAGCCUCUUUGGAGGCGGUGCCACGACAGGCUCAACGUUUGGCGCAAAACCGCAGUUCGGCGGUUCUCCCGUUUUUGGCGGCCAGAAGCCGUUCGGACAACAAGGCUCCGCUUUCGGUGGUGGUUCUGGAGGAUUUGCCGCCGCGGCCAAGGAGAUGGCACAAAAGGGACAGCCGAGUCUGUUCGGCAACACAGCUGCUGCGUCUGGCUCCAGCAUUUUUGGCGGUGCCAACGCAUCCUCGCCCCAGCAGCCGGCCAGCAGCAUUUUCGGUGGCGGCAACACUUCCGCUCCACAGCAGCCAUCUAAAACUUCAUUCACCUCGUGGCGC